CUGCACCAACUUGUCAGACGACGCCAUUUUGGCUUUUCUUCUCUGUUGUUGAAACAGAAACCCUCUGUCUGGAAUCUCUAUGACCGUCCAGUAAAUUUGAGGGACGAUACAGAAACCCUAGCUGGUCUCCCGACGCCUUCAAAUGAGCACCAGCAGUAUUAUAGCAACAACACCGUCACAAAAUGCUUGGGUUGAUUCCUACCAGAAAUUCCUUCCUCAAUGGCAAUCCUUCACCCUUUCUCAUCAGGCAAUAAUACCUAUUACCAUAUCUAGAGUUAAUCAGUUUGAUGCUGCAAGAUUGGAUGUUGAAAUGUCAGCUAUGUUAAAGGAACAGUUAGUUAAGGUCUUCUCUUUAAUGAAGCCAGGAAUGCUAUUUCAAUACGAACCAGAACUUGAUGCAUUCCUUGAGUUUCUCAUCUGGAGAUUCUCAAUUUGGGUGGACAAGCCUACUCCAGGAAAUGGACUUAUGAAUUUGAGAUAUAGAGAUGAACGUGCAGUGGAAACAAGAGGGAAAGUCAGAACAGGUUUAGAAGGACCUGGACUUACUAUUGCUCAGAAGAUUUGGUAUUGUGUUGCCACUGUUGGUGGUCAGUAUAUCUGGGCUCGUUUACAAUCAUUCUCUGCUUUUCGUAGGUGGGGUGAUUCUGAGCAGAGGCCAUUGGCGAGGCGAGCAUGGAUUUUGAUACAACGUAUAGAAGGACUUUAUAAAGCUGCCUCCUUUGGCAACCUACUCAUAUUUCUUUGCACAGGAAGGUACCGGAACCUCAUUGAAAGGGCUUUGAGAGCAAGGCUCGUCUAUGAGAGCCCUAAUAUGAACCGAGCUGUCAGCUUUGAGUACAUGAAUCGCCAGCUAGUCUGGAAUGAAUUUUCGGAAAUGUUGUUAUUGCUUCUUCCUCUUCUCAACUCAUCGACCUUCAAAAAUCUUCUGCGGCCAUUCUCGAGGGACAAAUCUUCCAGCUCCACAGAGGAUGAAACUUCUUGUCCAAUAUGUCAAGCGAGCCCAACUAUUCCCUUUAUGGCUCUACCUUGCCAACACAGGUACUGUUAUUACUGUCUCAGGACAAGGUGUGCAGCGGCUUCAACAUUCCAGUGUUCCAGAUGUAGCGUGCCAGUGACUGCCAUGCAGCGGCAUGGUGGCUUAGUUGACCAAAAAAACUCACAGCUAUUGACUUAUAGAUAAGGGUAAACAAGAAAGGCGCUGAAAACUUGGAAAAAUGCAUACAAGAAAUGCCAGAAUGUGGCGGAUAAAUUGAUCAAGAAAUGCUGUACUUACCUUGAAAGUUGUAUUACCCCUGGAAACCUGGGGACCAUUCUUUAUUGUCUGUCGCCUUAUGAUGCAGUAAUUUUUCACCUUGUUGGAUAUAUCCUCAGCGCCGUUUGCAAUUAUUUCCAUUAUUUUUUUUUUUCAAAUUUGGUUUGCAACAAGUUAAGCGGACUUCAUUUGCAGCGAA